AUCGUGAUUGAUGAGGCGAGGUUGAUUGAAAAUCAUAUGUACAAGCACACCGUUCUCUUGGCAUUGAUGCGAGAAGCUACUCACAAAGAAUUAAAGCAUCCAUGUGCUACAAGAUUUGCUUCAAAUUUUCUUGUGUUGCAAUCACUUGUAGAUGUUGAGAAUGAAUUAAGGCUUUUUGUUGCUUCUGCUGAAUGGAGAGAAAGUAACUUAAAUAAAAGUCGGCAAGCAAAGAAAGUAACUGAGCUAGUCCAAAAUAAUGAAUUUUGGAAUAGAGCAAAGGAGGUCCUACAAGCUUUAGUGCCUAUUGUUCGAGUCCUACGUUUAGUUGAUGGUGAGGGAUCUACUUCUGGAUACUUAUAUGAUGCUAUGGAAAGAGCCAAAGAAGCAAUCAAGUGUCGCUUGGGUAAUAAUCAAAAUAAAUUCAUGCGCAUAUGGGAUUUAUUUGAUGAAAGAAGAAAUGAAAAUAUUAUACAUCCUAUACAUGCAGCUGCAGCUCUUCUGAAUCCAGCUUAUAUGUGUCGUGAAGGGUUUAGAGAAAGUCGAGAGAUGAAAGAUGGCAUAGGUUUCAUGUUUGAGAAUUUAAUUCUUCCAGAGGAGAAAGAAGAUUUUUUAAAACAAGUACAACUUUAUCGUUCUAGAUCAACUUUAAUUUUCAAUUCUACGGCAUUGAUGAUGUUAAAAACCUCACAUCCUCGAGUUUGGUGGGAUUAUUGUGGUGAUCCACUUCCAUUGCUAAGAAAAAAUGUCGUUCGUAUUUUAAGCCAACCAUGUAGUUCUUCAUCCUGUGAGAGAAAUUGGAGUACCUAUGAAACAGCACGAGCAAAGAAAAGAAAUAGAUUAUCUUCGGAAAUAUUAGAUAAUCUUGUUUAUACUAUAAGGAAUACAUUAGCAAUGAAAAAGUGGUCCACUUUGGAAUCACAAGAUUUGGAGCCUAUUGAUUUAGAAAAACUUCAUGAACUUUCGGAGUAUAUAGAUAAUGGAAAAGGUGGAGAUGGAGACGACGGCGUAGAAAUUAAAGAAAAUUCAUUAACUAACCUCGACCUUUUGUAG